AAAAAUCCUUCACGCUUUCAUCAUCACAGGUAAUGCAACUUUUCUAGUUUUGAGCUUAAUUUUCUUCACUUGUGUCCUCCAUCAUGAGAAAAAUGCUACACAAACACAGUUUUCAUGGACGUGAUGAUUAAUGAAUCAGUCUGGAUCUCGUCUGGAGCGGAUCCUGAUGCUCCUGGUUUCUGGGGGCCACCUUCAUGACCGCCUCUGGACGGAAGAGGGCGGAGUGCGUUUGUCAUCCGACUGAGGUGCUCCCUGACUCGGUGCUUCCUAAAAAACAUAUAGGAACACAAUCAUAACAACCCCUCCCUCCUUCCCUCCGCGGAGUCUGGGGGGAGCAGGUCCGCAGCAGCAGCGAAGCCUCGCAGUCUGAGUGGAUGAGGGAGGCGGAGGAACAGCUGCCAGCGCAUCCUCAGCAUCAACAAGCUGGAUGAGGAGGAGAGGGGGGGUCCUGCUGCUUCCUCAGCAUCAGAAUUUACAGAAACCCCCCCACAAGUGCUGCUCUAGCGGAGCCCCCCGGCAGGUUUCCUCUCUUCUCUUCAGCUUGACGACGCCGUGAAUCCGAGCUGCCUCCGCGGACGCGCGCGGCUCUGCGGGGGGAGAUGGCGGUUUUCCGGCUGUCGCUGCUUCUGCAGGUGGGCUUUGUGAUCGGAUCCGAUCCCACAUACGCGGAUUGGUCGGAGGCGGUGGCGCACGGGCGGCAGCUGGCGCAGCUCCGCGCGCCGGAGACGGCGCCGCUGCCGCAGAAGACGGAGGCGCACCUUCCCGGGGUGGUCACGGCGUUUCUGCACACCGGGGACUCGUCCGCCCUGAAGCGCGCCAACUGCUCGCAGAAAUACGAGCUCACCUCUCUGCGGGGAAGGUCACGCGCCGCCCCGCACCUGUCCAUGAGCAGCGUGCUGGACACGGUGCUGCACGCCACCAACUUCCUCAACACGAUCCUGCAAGCCAACAGGUCCAGGGAGCACCACCCGCGCAGGGACAUGGAGUGGUACCACGCGCUCGUGCGCAGCAUCCUGGCGGGAGACACCAAGAUUCACCGCGCGGUCGUCACUUUUGGCGGGGAUUCCUCCCUGGCGGGGCCCGCGGUGCUCCUCCAGGCCACCAGAUCCGGCGGGGAGAUAGUCCUCCAGGACCUGUCACACCGCCAUCUGCACAACCGCAGCGCGGACACGGAGUGGUUCCACGAGAUGAAGGACAUCAAGACCCCCACUUUCCAGAAGAGGGGUCACGUCAGAUCCUCUGUGAGCGUCCCGGACAGAACGCACGUCAGGUGGUCUGCGCCCUACCUGGAGUGUGAAAACGGGAACUACGUCCCCCAUUGGCUGCUGACUCUGUCAGCUGCUUUCUACGGGCUCAAGUCAGACCUGGUUCCCGAGUUCAGGGGUGUCGUGCGCGUGGACGUUAAUCUGCAGGACGUCGACAUCGACCAGUGCUCCGCCGACGGCUGGUUUGCUGGAACCCAUCGAUGCAACCUGACCACCAUGGAGUGUUUGCCGCUGCGAGGUCACGGCUUUGUGCUGGAUAAAUACCAAUGCCACUGCAAGAAAGGCUUCUACCAUCCCAGCAGAGUGGCGGUCAACGGCUUCACCAAGUCGGGGCGGAAGGCAGACGCCGCAGAAGGCGGUGCCGGCGUGGACGAGGGCUCCUCCAGCGACUGCCUGCCGUGCCAGCAGGGCUGCACCUACUGUAAGGACGACGCCCCCUGCGUGGCUCAGGAGGACGGGGUCCUGCGGCUGGCCGUGCUGUCCUUCCAGUGCCUCUGCAUGCUGAUCGUCUUCAUCAGCAUGGUGCUGGUUUACCACUUCCGAAGGAACAAAAGCAUCCGGGCGUCGGGUCUCGUCCUCCUGGAGGCCAUUCUGUGUGGAGCUCUGCUUCUCUACUUCCCGGUGGGGAUUCUGUAUUUCCAGCCCAGCGUUUUCCGCUGCAUCCUCCUGCGUUGGGUCCGUCUGCUGGGCUUCGCCACCGUCUACGGGACGCUCACCCUGAAGCUGUACAGAGUCCUGAAGGUGUUCCUGUCCCGCACGGCCCAGAGGAUCCCCUACAUGACCAGCUGGCGGGUGCUGCGUCUGCUGGGCAUCAUCCUGCUCAUCGUCCUGUGGUUCCUGGUGGCUUGGACAUCUGCCGUCUGUCAGAACCCAGACAGGAAGUUGGCUCUGAUCGACGUGGGCAGCACGCCCGAUGGGCUCCAGUUCAGCAUGUGCCUCCUGGAUCGCUGGGACUACAUGAUGGCUGUCGCGGAAUUCCUCUUCCUGCUGUGGUCGGUGUACCUCUGCUACGCCGUGAGGACCGUGCCGUCGGCCUUCCACGAGCCUCGCUACAUGGCCAUCGCCGUUCACAACGAGCUCAUCCUGUCGGCGAUAUUCCACGUCAUCAGAUUCACUCUCUUGCUUGAGCUUAAUCCGGACUGGAUGCUGCUGCUGUUCUUCACCCACACCCACCUCACCGUCACGGUUACUUUGGGUUUGCUUCUUAUUCCAAAGUUCCUGUUCGCCGGCACCCACAUGAGAGACGACAUCGCCUCGGAGGCCUACGAGGACGAGCUGGACAUGGGCCGUUCGGGGUCCUACCUGAACAGCAGCAUCACGUCCGCGUGGAGCGAGCACAGCCUGGAUCCCGAGGACAUCCGGACACCCGACGAAAUGGGCCAUCUCAGUUCUAUUAAUGGCUGUGGCGUAAGAUCUUGUGACAGUCUUUGGGAAAAACGUACCAACGAAGAGCUGAAGAAGCUGUACUCCCAGUUGGAGAUUUACAAAAGGAAAAAGAUGCUGGCGAAUAAUCCUCAUCUGCAGAAGAAGAGAAGUUCCAAAAAGGGGCUUGGUCGCUCGCUGAUGCGGCGCAUCACAGAGAUUCCUGAGUCGGUGCAUCGGCAGUGCAGCCGGGAAGACAAGGACGGCGGGGAACACGGGAGCAACCGCAACAGCAUCUGCGUGCUGAAGAAAAACCCAAUCGAUGCAGGAAAGACUGCAAAAGAAGACACUCUGAAAAACAAGGUUUUUUCCCUGAAGAAGUCGCACAGCAGCUACGACCACGUCCGCGACCAAAGUGAGGAGCAACCGGCGACAGACAAGACGGAUGUGACCACGGCUGAGGGGUCCUUGCUGGAAACACUUAUGGGGAAGAAGCUGGUCAAGAAGAAGUCCAAUGAGACCAUGAACGCCCCCAGUGAAUCCACCGAGUCCGUUCCCUUGGUCUGCAAGUCGGCCAGUGCCCAUAAUCUCAAUGCGGACAAGAAACCUAUCCACCCCAGGGCCUCCAUGCUGCAGAAGUCCUUGAGUGUCAUCGCGAGUGCUAAAGAAAAGACACUGGGCUUGGCUGGAAAGACCCAGAACACAGAGGAGAACAGCAAGAAGAGUCAGCCAAAGAGCAAAGACACAAAUACCAAUGCGGAAGCAGAAAACGAAUGCCAGCCCAAGAUGAUCAUCAGCCAGUCCGUGGAAUACAAGCAAACUACCGCUAAAGGCCGAGUGAUGAAGCAGCCUGUUAGCGGCAGCCAGCCAACCAUCUCCUCUGACCCAGGCAAGGGAAAGGACACCUACGACCUCUCAGAAGUUUGUCCCUGGGAGGUGGAGGACCUGCCAACGCCAUCUGAGAACAAGGUCCAGAAGCAUGUGUCGAUCGCACCAGAAGAAACCACAACGAUUCAUGGAGGCAGCACCAAAGGGAGCAAACCCCAGAAACAAAAAGGUUCUGAUCAGUCUCCGCAUAGCGGAAAGCACCAGAAAGAGGCUCAGAGGACAUCAGCUGUUCGAGCUGAGAUAUGUCCGUGGGAAGAGGGAGGCGAAAGCCAAGUCAGUCCAGGAGAGGGGUCAAGGCAAUCUAAGACUAAGCAGCCUCACUCCUCAGUAGAAACCUCUAAAACUAGCCGGGCAGAUGUUUGUCCGUGGGACUUGGAAGAGCAACAAAAAGCUGCAGAAUCGACAAAGCAGAAAAAGAGUCCUUCUCCUGUGGACGGGAGAGGGAAGACCAUAGAUGCCCCAAAAGUAGGAGCGUCCCUGCAGCCACCAACAUCUAAAGUCGACGUGUGUCCGUGGGACUACGACAGCCCUGCAGCUUCUUUAAGUCCAGAGCGGACACCUGCGCAACCGUCAAAGACCAAGGACCUCCCUUCCAAAAAGAAAGGCGUCCUAUCCACAAGGACAGUGGAAAAAGAAAAACCUAAAGACGCUGGAGAUGAGAAAAGUAAAACAAAAGCAAAAGACAAGAGUAAAUCGUCAGAGAAACAAGUCAGCCAGCAAAAGCUGGCCGAGGUCUGCCCGUGGGAGGUAGAGGCUCCACCGGAUGUGCCGUUGGUAGAAAAACGGAGAAGCGCCAACGUGGGAGCAGCCAAAGCGAAGCCGGCGGACGUCUGUCCGUGGGAUUUUGAAGACAGAAAAGGUGCCGACCAAAAAGCACCUGCAGUGAAACAGGGUGCUAAAGGUGAAGCAGCGACCAACAAAGCCGACGUUUGUCCCUGGGACUUUGAGGAGAGCACAUCCAGCAAGAAGGCGUGACACUCACCAUGACGGACCACUACCGCGAUAGCUGUCGGUGUACGCUUGGUUUUUCACUGGAGAAUUGUUAAAAAUGUACCUUUUCCUCUUUGUACGGUGACUUGGAGGCUGAGUUGAUGGAGUUCCACAAGUUGCCUUCCUUUCCGAGGUUUAGUUCUGGUUUUACACAUUUUAGAAAAAAGCAAAACGUCUGAAGAUAAAAAAAACCUCCAUGAGCAUUCCAGAUAAUCCUGAACAUUCAACUGUAAACCGAUUAUGCAACUUUGAAUUCAACCGUUUUAACGUCACGAGCAACACUGCUGUCAUCGCAACAGUUCUUGUGUUGUUUUCGUCACGCGUGUUGUCAGGCAGAUGAUGGUGAAAAAACGAUGGAGAUAGUCUAAGAAAGCCAAAGAAUAAAAGAGAACUUCAAGGAAGGCUCAGGAGUGAACACAGAAGGAACAGAACUGUCCGAUAGCACUUUAGCAAACUCCAAAACUUUAGCGCAGAUUCCAUCCUAAUGUUUAUUUUUUUGUCCUUCUAUCAUCACUGCAAAAAUCCCAAAGGAUUUCCAACGUCAAACUUUAUUUCUGGUCUUUGAAUCUCUUUAAUUGUAACUCUCUACAGGUUUCAAUGCUUCCCAGUCUGCAGAGAUGUACUGUAUGUGCCUAAAUAACUAGCAUUGUCUUGUAUUAGUUUGAAGGGAAGCAAGCAGCUUCUCCGGCAGCAGAUUCUGUAAAACCGCAUGAGCAUCCAGGUACCAUGUAGCUGGACCCACACCUACGUCCUCUCAAGCAGCUGACGCGUCUUUAGCGCCGUCAGCCCGUCUUACGUUUGAGGAUAUUUACGAAACAAAGAGAAAACUAGAGCAGAUGUGAUUGUGUGUUGUUUGUAUGUUGUUUCUUCACGUGUGUAACAAAACCCAGGUUGAAAAAAUGUUCGAGAAAAGAAUCGGCACCAGCUUUGUUCAUGAUUCCAAUUUAGAUUUUGUGUUGCAGCAGGCUGUGGAAAAUAUAUACAAAGUUUAGUGUAAAUGGAGAAAUCAAUGUUAAAUAAAUGUUUGCUUUCCGAUUAUUAAAGAAAAAUGUACAAAAAAAAGAAACAAAAAAGAAACAAACCUGAUAUCCUUUUGGAUAUUAACGAAAUUCUCUUUCGCUAACACUCAGAUUUGAUUGGACAAGGCUCGUAGGGCAACCCAGCCCCCUCUUCCCCUCUCCAUAUCUGAGAGCUCAUAGCAAGGAGCUUGUGGCUCCGCCCACUGUAUUUUCUACUUCACAAAUACGACCUUUUUCAAACAACAUUUUUUCGUCUGCUCCAGAUUCACAGCAAUAUGUCCUCCAUCAUGACUAAAUUACCACUAGAACAGGUUAAAAACAACAUUUUUAUUGGCGUAGGUUUUUAAACACGAUGAGUAUUUGAGGAGUUCCACGUUUAUUUCUCGUCCUGUUUCUAUUAGCUGACAGUUUCUUAACCCUAGAACACUUUCACUAUAAAAAGUUACACUUUUGCCAGGUCAUUUUUACCCAAUAUAACAUAUCCAAUAAUAAGUAUUUCUCAUUAAAAAUAGAUCAAAAUAUGACAAUACAUGAUAAAUUAGUGGUUUAUGUAGAAAAAUGGAAAAAAAACAUAGGAAGAUCCUGAAAAUAUGCUUGAAAAUGACUGAAAAAUUAGGAAUUUGAGAAGAAAAAAUUCCUAAAAAAAAUAUUAAUGAUACUAGAGACUUGGUCUUUGGUCCACCCAUUCCUGGGACACGUGGGCCUCAAUCCAGGGACCAUGACAAUUAAAAAAAUCCUACAUAUUGAAAACCACGUAAAUACUUUUGCUUGGGUGCUCUAGGGUUAACAAAAUUGUCCCAUUGGAGACUUUUGCCUCUUUCAAACCCCUCCUUUAAUUAUUUUUUAAAAAAUGUGACCCGUCAUCAAGCGAGCGUUUCCUUUCUGCUUCCUCCCGUGGGAACCCUAACUGAGACAAAUAUACUGACUUAGCAUUAAAUCAAUCCAUGGCUGGUUUAGCGUCAUGUGACGAAGAACAUAAUUGUAACAACAAAAACACUUUAAAGCAGCUCCUCGUGAAAAAACAAAAAAUAUAAUCUAUAAAUAGACACCUGAUGAGUCGGUGGAACAUGUUUGGGUUCUUUUAUGUUUUACAAUAAAUAUCUGAUAUUAAGUCUAUUGGAAUGUAUUCAGAUUCAGUGGUUCAUUCAGCUAAAAAUGAUUGGAGUAAAUGACAAAUAUUUGAACCUUCUCUGAACAGUUUGCGGUCCUGUUUGGAGUCUGGUGGAAAUGAGUGAAUGUUGCUGCUGAUCGUCUGUAAAUCCCCAGGAAAUUCACAUUUUUCAAGUUGUGUGGAAAUCUGUGCAAAUCUGUAUAAAUAUUUGUUCAAAAAAGAGAUAAUCAGGUAACAAAUGUUUAGCACAUAAAAAGUGUGAUAUAUUUAUAGUUUGUGAAGAUGAAGUGAUGUUUGAGCUCCUUCUGGAUUAGGAACCGUCAGGCCUUGUUUCCAGAUACAUUUGUUCUGAGUAGAAAACUGGACAUUAACGGUCUUUAUUCCUCCUGAUUUGUGGAAAUGGUGUCAUUUAGUGAGAAGUCACUGGCUGUACACACAGCAAGUUUGAUCAAAUAUUUAAACUUAAGAGCGUCCUCUGUCAAUUUGUAUAGUCUUAAUGAAGCUUCCCAGUCAAGUGGGAUCCAAAUGGUUUAAAAGUGGGCAGAAAAUGUGGGCCCCAAUUGGGUUUGUCCGCAGUUUCAGUGGUACUCCCACCUGUGUUUGCCCACAUUAGCUCCUCUGCCUUGAGACCAACAGCCUGGGUGAAGACCCCACUUGCUCUGCCGGCCCCUGGUCAGCGCCGCUUGCUUGCUCUGCUGGCCCCUGGAUCGUGGCACUAGUUUGCUCUGCCGGCUCCUGGGCAGCGGUUCUAGCUUUCUCUGCCGAUACUGGAUGGUGGCUCUAGCUUGUUCGGCCGCCCCUGGAUGGUGGCACUCGCUUUUUCUGCUGGCCCCUUGGCUUUGGCGCUUGCUUGUUUGUUCUACCAGCCCCUGGGCGGUGGCCUUCACUUGCUCUGCCAGCCCCUUGGCGGUGGCCCUCGCCUGUUCUGGUGGCCCCUUGGCGGUGGCCCUCGAUUGUUCUGGCGGCCCUGGGCGGUGGCCCUUGCUUCUUUUGCCAGCCCCUUGGCGGUGGCCCUCGCUUGUUCUACCAGCCCCUGGGCGGUGGCCCUUGCUUGUUCUGCCAGCCCCUUGGCGGUGGCCCUCGCUUGUUCUGCCAGCCCCUUGGCGGUGGCCCUUGCUUCUUUUGCCAGCCCCUUGGCGGUGGCCCUCCUUGUUCUGCCAGCCCCUGGGCGGUGGCCCUUGCUUGUUCUGGCGGCCAGUGGGCAGUGGCCCUCGCUUGUUCUGCCAGCCCCUGGGCGGUAGCCCUUGCUUGUUCUGGCGGCCAGUGGGCAGUGGCCCUCGCUUGUUCUGCCAGCCCCUGGGCGGUGGCCCUUGCUUAUUCCGCCAUCCCCUUGCCGGUGGCCCUCGCUUGUUCUGGCGGCCCCUGGGUGGCAGCGCUAGCUUGCUCUGCCAGACCCUUGGUGGCGGUACUUGCUUGGUCUGGCCCCCCCUGGAUGGCGGCACUAGCUUGCUCUGUCGGUCCCUGGGCGGUGGCCUCACCUUCUUUGCCAGACUCUAGGCAGUUGAACUUGCUAUGCUAUCCACCCUGCGACUGGCUAGCAUAGUGACCCCCUUAAGCCAAUGUGGGCAAGCACAGAUGGGGCCACCAUGGAAACUGCAGACAAGACCACAUUUUCUGCCCACUUUUAAACCAUGAAGCCUACUUGCUGGCUGGGUUUGCACAAACGUUUGUCAAAUGAUUUUAGCCUCCCUUGAACUCCAGAACAAACGUUUGGAUUUUUGAACACAAUUUGGAAUUUUAGCAGAUUAGGAAUUCCCUUUCAGUUGAUUUAGUUGGUUCAACACAUGUACUAUUUGUAGUACACAGUACAUGUGUUGUACCUCCUUCCUCUCCUUCAGGGACUCUAUUGUCACUCGUGCAACAAGGCAUCAAAACGUAUGAGGUAAUGUGGGGUAGAUCUCAUGUAAAAGGUGUUUGCUAGCUGAUGCUGUAGUUCUGCAUCCGAGUUCCUUCAUGAUUCUCAGAUCUAGCAAGGUGUUUUUUUUCUUUUACUCCCAAUUUAAAGCGAUAAAUUCCCCAAAAAGUCUUUAAAGUUUGACUCUUUGUUCUCCCAGUUGAAGAAUUCCUUGUUUCCUUUGCACCAACAGCGUUUCUCUGUUUCCAUAGUCGUCUCUGUACUGAGCCGUGUACCACAUCACCUGUUACUGUUUCUCUGGGUAUCAUCUCUGUAAUUUAUCCUCAGCAUCCAUGACUCCAUGCAGGUUUGAACCUCAGCUUUGGUUCCUUCUUUCCAUUGUCUUGGCUAGCUACAUUUUUUUUUACUUCUUUUAUUUUUGUGGCCCACCCCGGUCUACUACUACUACUGCUACUACUACUACUACUACUCAAUGCUGUAACGUCGUAAUUCUUGCUCUUGUGGCUUCUGCAUGAAUCAAGAAAUUAGUAGGACCAAUGUUUCACUGCCCUUGAUAGAAUAAAAAAUAAAAAAGUGAUCUUUUUUGGACUGUUACCAGUUGUAUAGUGAGUGAUCUUGUACCUAACCCACUGUAUUCUGUGCUUGUUAUGACUAUUGCUCUAUGACAAGCUUAUAGCAUCGAUAUAUGGGAAUAUUUGGUAGAUUUUUAUUGUGUUACAUUGUGAUAGCAUGUACAUAAAGAUACCUCCUCUGCAAUAAAUAUUUAUAUGAAAGCGGA